CAGUCCCCGAGUCUAAUGCAGCCUUACUGGGGCAGUGUUAGUGGGCAUUAUGCUGCUUAUCCUUUCCCUGACAGCUUUGUAUCUCACACGGAACGUCCCCCCGCGGCUCUGGUUUCCAGCGGGCGGGUUUUGGUGUCGCACAAGGGUGUUCGCGAUUUCCCGUCCCCUAAUGCGGCGAGAAGCUGUUGGGAAGCAGAGCACUUACAGGCAUUACCGGUCCCAACCAACACACGGCAUUGGCAGAUACAAGCACCUACUGCCCCCAGAACCAGAUCCCAAGAAGAAGGAUAAGCUGCCCUCGAAGGCGAUCAAGGCCAACUCGGAGCAUGAAUAUGGGGUGCUGAACCUGCAGCUGUCGGGGUACAACAUGGUGCUGGUGGAACAUUACUCUCAGUAUGUCCAUAAUCUUUGUAACCGGCUCUCCAUCAAAGUACAGGAGUGCUACGCCAAGCCCACCAAAACCAAGGAGGUGCUGCUGAUGCAGGAACAUAGCACUAAGAUGUUCUUGGAUUCGGUGCUGACCGUUCACGAGAGAGUCGUCCAGGUGACUGGACUAAGUGCCACAAUGGCGCCCAUCCUUAUGGAGGUCCUUAUGAUGAACCAGCCUGAAGGGGUGCAGCUUUUGGUAAAGGAGCAUGCCGAAGCAGAUUACCAGGUCAGAUUCAAGACCCGUCCAGAACUGGAGAGCCUGAUGGCUUCUAUGAGUUGAGAGCGACUGGGUCGGCUGGGAUCACCCCUAGGUAUCCAAUGGACUCUAAGUGUCGGGGGGGGGGGGCGGGGCAUCUGUCUGUGCACUUCUGUUACUGGCGCAAAGGGCUGGGGGGGCGGGGCAUCUGUGCACUUCUGUUACUGGCGCAAAGGGAGAAGAAAGAUUAAUAAUCCGUCUAAAUAAAGUCUAAAAAGUUCAAUACAAACUGCAUUAUCCCCCCCCUCCCGCCAGAGUGUGAAAAGGGGCCGACUAGAGGGGGUAGGUCUGAUACCGACGCCAACUGGGGCGCCAUGUCCGACGGCCUAAAGAGACUGCGCCCAGCUGACACACAGAAGAUGGCGCUCUCGCUCCCCGUUACUGUCUGAACUCUAGUUUGGCCUUUUGUUAGGAUCGAGCCUCUUGCGCUAAUAUCAAUAAACGUUUUUUGGGAAGAC